AUGAAUAACUUGAUCUCGAGUGAAGGGUGUUCGCAUAAAUAUUGCUGGCAGUUGGAAGACGAGGUCGAACACGAGAGAAUGCAUCGUUUGUUAAUCGAUCAGUGCGAGCAGCUUCAAAAUACAAUAUUCGACAAAGAGUUGAUAAAACAGGAGCUGUGCCUGACAAAGGAUGCCCUGAUAAAGACCACCAGCCAAUUGAGAUUGACUAAUGAAAAUCUUCAAAAUUUGCGUACUGCCGCGAGAACCGAGGCGAGGUCGAAGCACCAACUUAUUCUCACUCUAUGGAACAGACUGAAUGAGACGCAGCAGAUAGAAAACAAGCGCAUCAGCAGGAAAAGAAAGUACGACGACUUCCUCAGAGACUGA